AUGGAGGUUUGCAAUCAUGGCAAUAACGCCAUGGAAGCUCAGCAGCAGCGAGAGCAGAGCCAAGCCGGGGGCUGCUCCGACGACCCGGCGGCGGUGCUGACUUGCCUCACAUUCCUGGAGCAGAAGAUCGGGCACCUCCGCGGCAUCAUCGGCGCGGCGCCGCGGCCGCCGCGGCAGAUGGUGUCAGCCGAGCUCAGCUGCAUCGCCGUGCAGCUCGUCUCCAUCUCCAAGAGCCUCGCCACGACCGGCGGCGGCGCGGCGGACCAGGACGACGGCGCCACCCGGUCGCCGGGAGCGGAGGCGACGUCUCCGAACGACGGGGACAGCGACUCGUCCGACCACGACCCCCUCCACGCCGAGGACGACGACGGCGACGGCCGCAUGCCGCCGGCCGGCUCCUACGAGGUGAUCGAGCUCGGCAAGGAGGAGAUCCUGGCGCCGCACGUGCACUCGUGCAAGGUAUGCGGCAAGGGCUUCAAGCGCGACGCCAACCUGCGCAUGCACAUGCGCGGUCACGGCGAGGAGUACAAGACGGCGGCCGCGCUCGCCAAGCCCGCCUCCGCCUCCGCCGCUGCGCCAUCGUCCUCGGCGGGCCGGUGCUUCUACUCCUGCCCCUUCGUGGGGUGCAAGCGCAACCGGGAGCACCGGAGCUUCCAGCCCCUCAAGACGGCCGUCUGCGUCAAGAACCACUACCGGCGGAGUCACUGCGACAAGAGCUACACCUGCCGCCGCUGCAACGUCAAGCGCUUCUCCGUGCUCGCCGACCUGCGCACGCACGAGAAGCACUGCGGCCGCGACCGCUGGGUCUGCUCCUGCGGCAUCUCCUUCUCCAGGAAGGACAAGCUCUUCGGCCACGUCGCCGCCUUCGACGGCCACGCGCCCGCGCUGCCGCCCGACGACGACGACUCUGUUGCCAAUGGCGGCUUCGGAACUGGCUCUGAUCGCCUGACGACGAUGGACACCGAGGCAGUGAGCAGAAUGGCGAGCAUGGAGUUCUUCCAGGACGCCGUGCUCGAUGUUAUCGGCUGUUCUGACAUCAAGGGCUUCACGCUCAUGGACGGACAAGGACAAUAUUUGGAGGACGACGACGGACGAGGGUCGCUCUCACCAUUGCCAAUGGGGCUCGAUUCCUGUGAUUUUGAUGGAUUUGAUCUCUUCGGGGCACCAGCAAUUGAUUUCUGA